AUGGGCAACAGCGGAAGCAGUCAGGCCCCCGUCUGGGUGGCGCCCACGAGCAUCACAGCCUCCUCAAGUCCGCUUGGAGUGUUGAGGCGCCUGACGACAACGAGUGCUGUGAAUUGUAUCGGGAGGUACCGGUCACAGUCGCAGACGUUGCACAUUUUUGACUCCGGUUCUCUAGAAGAUUUGUGCGACGAUCUUGCCUCUGAAUGCAAGCAGUUUGCCGACCCGGUCUUUCGCCGUCAGCUCAUUGCACUUUUCACCGGCAAAAAAUCGCGGAACUCGUACGCGCAUGACUCGAGCACAGUUUCUCGCGGAUCAACGGUUUCGCCCGCUGCAGGACCGGCCGUGUCUGUGUCAUCUCAAAGUGCCAAAGACGCAAGUCUUCCGGGGGACGAGGCCGAUUACACCCCGCCAGUUCAGGUGGACAGCCUCGCGGUCAUUUCUUCACUCUUGUUCCUAUCUGAUGGCACACUUGCUGAGAAGGUGGAGCACUGUGGUCGACUGCUUUGUUGGACACAGGAGCUCGAAGUCGAGCCUGCCGCCGUGUUUCUCCUCUUGGCUGCCGUUGUCCGCGGGGUUGCGUUGCUGAUAGAGGAACCGCCUCCGUCCGUGUUGCUGCUCGGCGAGGUUCUGACUCGUCUGGGAAGAAAGGCAAUCGUCAUCACGACUUCAGCCAAAUUCAGGAUUGAGGCCAACGGACAAGAGCAGCCAAGCACUGACACGCAGCCCGCGAAUCAGCUGUUGCUCAGACAGUUAGGUGGCGUGUCGGCUGCCGGGCCGCAUUCCUCGUUUUUCUCUGGGCUGCCGUCCUGUGUCUCCGACACACUGCACAAGUUCGACGGGCAAGUAUGGACAAGCGAGAGUGUGUGGGAGGCGCUCGCCGAGGACGCCGCCGUACAAGCGUACCACGAUCGGGUGACUCAAGUGUUCUUUUUGGAACAAAUUGAGGAGCGCUUAGCCACUCUGUCCAGCAACUUCAAGCGAGUGCUGCAGCGGGUAUGCAAUCCGGAAGCCUACCGCGCUGAACAGCGGGCGAAUGCCGCAGCCUCACAGCAGCAGCGUGGAAGCAGGGCAUCUCGACUCUCGAAAUUGAGUGCAGGUUCGGGGGGGGGAUCUUUGCAUGACCUCACACCGCUGAGUUGGCGGCAAGUGCAGCUGCUGCUGAGAUGCUGCGACGCGAAAGCCGUCAGCGCGCUACUCCUCGACGAAAUGCAGUUUGAGGCCACUGUAGCUUGUCAGGAGGUAGGCAUCCGGUGGAAAAAGUGGGUAGACGAACCGCUGCGGGAGUCGCUCGACGACGAGGAAUUAAGUGUCGAAAUCCUGGGAACCACGGAAGCGUCAGCGCCGACACAUAAACAGACAAAUGCCGACAAAAAUCUCACAUCUACCGGUCAAACGGGAAACUCCACAACAACGGCGAAUGUCGGCAAACCUGCUUCCGCUCUGUCCGCCGGUGAGGCUGAAACAGGUUUACCGGUGAACGCUGCUGCCUCUGCGUCUGGAAGAGACGGACUUGCGGACACUCCGGGAGGGCGCGAGACUGCGGGGAGUUCAUCGAGUUCAGCUUCGAGGCAAUCGGACGGUGGCGACACGAAUGAGGGCGCUGGAGGGGAGAGUGCGACUUUCGCGAAACCCACGUGGAAGUUUGUGCCGAGCAGCGGUCCCUGUGUUUGGUCAGACGAUCUGCAAAUGUUUGUCACGCCGCUGCUGGCUUUCUCCGCGAUCGACUGCCACGGGGAGGGGGUCAUUUCGUCGCGAAACCUAGACUUGCUGUUCAAUUUCCUAAAACAACUCGAUCCUGUGCAUGGUGGCUUCUACAGUCGCCUCGAAAAAGUCCUCGCCGCGGACACCCGGGCACUCUUCAGCAUUCCCUCAGAUGUCCCGGAUCCUUUCGCGCAACUGAGAGCCGAGUUGUCACCGGAAAAACAACAAAUCAGGCUCCUCAGAUUCGGGGUCAUCAUUGCCGUCUGCGCCGCCGUUCAAGACCGCAGACAGCACGAAACGAGCCUGAACAAUCGGUUCCGGCGAUUCGACGUAGACAAAUCUGGAUUCAUCCUCACGACAGACAUGCAGCUCCUCCUCACGGAGAUGAUUCGAAGAGCCACAGAGAUCGACGACGCGUCAACCGCAGUGGAACAAGCUUUGCAAAAUGUCGUAGACAAAUACAUGAAUCUGUUUAUCGGCCCCACUGUAGAACGGGUCGAGUACGCCACAUUCCUCAGUGCCUACGACAGAGUACGCAAAACAUCUUCAAAGUUGCGGGCCGAUAUCAUGGAACUUGCUGCCAUGUUCGCGCCGGAGCCAACGCGAAGGCAGUCACGAGCGAGGUCGGAACUCAAAAUUCGCCAGUCUUCCUCGUCGACAAGAAUUCGCGCAUCCUUGCUCCGCAAAAACAGCCGCGCAAACAAGGGAAGCAGCAGAAGUAUCGUGGGGGACGAGGGCAUUAAAAAUCUCUUCAGCAAAAAGUAG